AUGAAAAGCAAGAGGAAAGACAACCUCAGCGACGCGGAUCUCGCGUACAAGGAGGAGCUCGACACGCUCGUGCGUCAGCUCAUCGAAUCGCGACUCGAGGAUGCCGCCGCGCAGCCGAUCCUCCAGCUGCUGGUGGAGCACGCCACCAGGAGUGGCGGGAACAUCACCUCGGUGCCCAAGGCGCUGCAGUUCCUCAUCGAGCACAAGGCCGCGCUGUACGACCUCUACAGCGCCCACAUGAGCGGAACUGGGGACGACAGCUACUCGGUGGUUCUCCUGCUCGAGCUCAUGAGCUUCCUCGACGCCAUCGCCACGCCGGACGAUGCCACGGAGGACCAGAAGAAGCCAGCGAAGGAGGCAGACAAGUUCAAGCUCAUGCUGUACAAGGUGGAGGCGGUUAUGGCGGCCAGGCGCAUGCUGGCUAAUCCAGCGACGCCCGCGGAGGUGCGCGAGAAAAUCGCCAGCCGCAAAAUACAGGACUGGGGAAACGAGUACCUGACCUCGCUGUCCACCCAGAUCGUCGCCUUCUUCAACCUGCCGGAGACGCGGGACGUGUACGACUCGCUGCCGCGCUCGUCCGACCAGAUGGACGUUGUGGCUGCGGAAAAGCAGUCGGUGUUGCAAAAGUUCGACACCGCGUUGCUCAUUCCAGAGACGCUCAAAUUCGCCGAGGAGAUCACGGAUUACUUCUUCCAAAACGGGUUCGAGUACGACGCCAUCGACCUGCUGCUGGAGGUCGACCUCAUCGAGUCGAUCCGCAGAAAGUGCGGAAACGACCACGACCUCAUCACCAGGGUCACCUCGUACAUCAUCUCCAUAUCGGCCUUCGGCGCGACAUACGUCGAAACCAGACGCAUGCUCGUCGUCGCGUACGAAAUGCUCUUGGAAGCGGGGCGCUCGGCGGAGGCGCUGCGCAUAGCGCUGAAGCUGGACGACCAGGAGAAGGUGAGGGAUGUCAUAUUCGGCUGCACCAACGCAGCCACGCGCCGCCAGCUGGCGUACAUAUGCGCCAGCCACGGCAAGUACCUCAGCCUCGCCGAAAAAGGCGGCGCUGAGUCCGUGCUCACGCCUGAGGACCUCGACGAAAUCAGGGGCAUAUCCUCAGGCGAGCAUCUGAGCGGCUUCUUCCUGAUAUUGGCGACGGAGCUGGAUGUCAUCGAGCCAAAGGCGCCGCAGGACAUAUUCAGGUCGUACCCAGCCACAAAGCUCAACGCAAACUUCAACAUCACCGACGGCAGGCUCUCGAAGAACAUGGCGUUCGACUCGGCACUCGGCAACCUCUCGCACACGUUCGUAAACGCCUUCGUAAACUGCGGCUUUGGAACUGACAUGCUUAUAAACGUGCCGGAUUCGGAUUGGGUCUUCCACCACUUCGAAUACGGACUCCUGUGCGCGGCGGCGUCCGUGGGACUCAUCAGCCUCUGGAACGUCGAGGAAGGGCUCUCGAAGGUCGACAAGUACGAGUACAGCUCCAACCCAUACGUUAAGGCGGGGUCGUACGCGGCGUACGGCAUUUCCAGCUGCAAUGUCGUACCGGAGUCAGACCCCUUGUCCGGGCUCCUGCUCGACAAGCUGGAGACCCCAGACAAAACGCUCUGUUUGGGCGCAGUGCUCGGCGUCGCGUUCGGAUACGCGGGCACGCAGCGGGAGAGCCUGCUGGAGUACCUGGUGCCGAUCGUCGUGUCGGACGAAACGCAGUACCCACACGAGUGCAGCGCCAUGGCCGCCGUGGCCCUGGGGCUCAUAUUCGUCGGCUCGGGGAGGCAGGAGGCCUCCGAGGCCAUCGUGCAGAAGCUGCUAGACCUGCCAGACAAUACCAUGGACAUGCCUGCCAAGUGCCAAUUCGCGUGCGCGCUAGGUAUCCUGCAGCUGGGUAGGAUGGACGCGUCCGAGGUUGUCAUCGAAGCACUCAAGGCGGUUGAAGGCGAGCAUGGCCGCAUCGCAGAACUGAUGGUGGAAGCCUGCGCCUACGCGGGCUCAGGCGACGUCAUCAGGAUCCAGCAGUUCCUCAAAUGCUGCGCCUCGGCGGAAAACGAACCCAAAGCGAAGGAGGCAAAGCAAGACGCGGAUGACGCCAUGGAAGUGGAUAUCCCGCCGAAGUCGCCCAAACAGUCGGCGAUAGAUGCGGCGGUGUCCGCGGUGAAAAAUGCAUCGGAAACGGGAGGCCAUGACACCAAGAAGGAGGUCAAACCCGCGAGAGUGGGAUUCAAACUCGAUGACGACACCUCCAGUGCCAAGCGCAGCGUAGUGAACCAGUCCUCCGUGGCCAUACUGGGCAUCGCGCUGACGGCGCUGGGCGACUCGGUGGGGUGCGCCAUGCUGCUCAGGCUCUUCGAGCACCCGCUGGCGUUCGGCAGCCCGUGUGAGCGCCGCGCAGUCCCGCUCGCACUGGCACUGGCGUACGCCUCGAACCCCAGCCCGCAGGUCAUCGACGCCUUGUCGAAGCUCACGCACGACGUCGACUACUACGUCAGCAUGCACGCCAUAUUCGCACUCGGAAUCGUGGGCGCGGGCACGAACAACGCCCGCAUCGCGAUAAAGCUGCAAAAUCUCGCCAGGAGCCACACGAGGGACACCACCGUCACAUUUAUCAUCAGAAUCGCAGCCGGACUCCUCCACAUGGGGAAGGGCACCACCACAAUAUCACCGCUACACUCGGAGGGGCUGCUGCUCCGCAAGACGGCGCUGGCGGGGCUCCUCGUCACCAUGACGGCGGCGCUCGACAUGAAGAACACCUUCACGCACUCCAUGCCGUUCACGCUGCUCUUCGUGGCGCCCGCCAUCAGGCCGCGGUGGAUGCUGACGCUGCUGCCCAACCUCGAGCACGUGCAGGUACCCUGCCGCGUCGGGAACAUGGUCGAGACCACCGGGACGGUGGGCAAGCAGCGCCGCAUCUCGGGAUUCCAGACGCACCAGACGCCGGUGCUGGUCGGAGCCUCGGAGCGCGCCGAGCUGGCGACCGAGGAGUACGUGCCGUGCACCACAGUACUCGAAGGCAUCGUCAUCGUCGAAAAGAAUGACAACGUGACGAUGGACUGA